CCCAAUCUGUGCUGUGUUAUUUUGACGCGGGUGUUCUUAUUUUGUUUAAAAGCCAUGGAGCGUUCCCGAGGUGUUACGCCCUCUCUACGAAUCUUCAACAAUGCUUGCUCAGAAGACCACAAUUGCGGCACUGCGCCAACUUAGGCAGAUUGCUCAGGAUGUUUCCCAGUCUAGCGUAACCAACUGGGGCAGACGGCCUGCAGCUCUACGAGCACUUGGCCACAGGUUAAGCAGGGGAUUUAAUGAGGCUCUCAAUGGGUUUAGUGAUGAGGGGUGGUCGUUGAUGGGGAGUGAUGGCAUGGAUGAUGUAACUAUUGUAGUGAACUCUAAUCCUGAAAAAUUAAUGGGCUUAAAUCUCUCUUUCACGAAUGGAUACCCAUCCGUUUGCAAUGCAGUCUUGUGUGCCAAAGCAUCUAUGCUCUUACAGAAUGUGCCUCCUGCAAUACUACUCAGGUUUUUGAGGGAGCACAGGUCAGAAUGGGCAGACAACAAUGUUGAUGCUUACUCAGCCGCUGCUGUUAAAGUUGGUCCUUGUACCUUUUUAGGGUCCCAAGUUGGUUCUUUUGGGGGUCAAGUUAUCCUUCCGCUGGCUCAGACCAUUGAGCAUGGAGAGCUGCUGGAGGUCAUCAAGCUGGAAGGUGUUGGCCAUUCUCCUGAAGAUGCAAUGCUGCCUAGGGAUGUGUUCCUUUUGCAGCUUUGUAGUGGGAUAGAUGAAAAUGCAGUUGGCACAUGUGCUGAACUAAUAUUUGCCCCUAUUGAUGCGUCUUUUGCUGAUGAUGCUCCUCUCCUGCCAUCUGGUUUCCGCAUCAUUCCUCUCGAUUCUGGCAAGGAAGCUUCGAGUCCAAAUCGCACCCUGGACCUUGCCUCUGCUCUUGAAAUUGGAACUGCAGGAAAUAAAGCAUCAAAUGACAUUGUUGUUACCAGUGGCGCUACAAGAUCAGUCAUGACAAUUGCAUUUGAAUUUGCAUUUGAAAGCCACAUGCAAGAUCAUGUUGCAUCAAUCGCCCGACAGUAUGUACGUAGCAUCAUAUCAUCAGUUCAACGGGUAGCAUUAGCUCUCUCUCCUUCUCACCUGGGUCUGCAAGCUAGUCUUCGCUCACCACUUGGAACUCCUGAAGCACAUACUCUUGCUCGUUGGAUCUGCCAAAGUUACAGGAGCUAUAUGGGUGUUGAUCUUCUCAAGUCUGCUGGUGAAGGGAGUGAAUCGAUCCUCAAAGCUCUGUGGAAUCACUCAGAUGCUAUAAAUAUGCUGCUCCAUUAAGGCAAUGCCGGUGUUUACGUUUGCAAACCAGGCAGGUCUUGAUAUGCUUGAGACAACCUUAGUUGCGCUUCAUGACAUAUCUCUGGAAAAGAUAUUUGAUGAUCAUGGAAGGAAAAAUCUCUGCUCUGAGUUCCCACAAAUAAUGCAACAGGGUUUUGCAUGUCUUCAAAGUGGUAUCUGUCUGUCGAGCAUGGGGAGGCCCGUCUCUUACGAACGUGCAGUAGCUUGGAAAGUUCUGAAUGAAGACGAGAAUGCCCAUUGCAGCUGCUUUAUGUUUGUAAACUGGUCAUUCGUGUAAAGUUAUGGGUGUGGAUUAGAGGAACCUGAACAACAAAGUACUCAAAAACGGAUUGCCAUUUCGUCGAACUCUGCUUUUCUUGGAAUAGAACCUUAAAAACUGUUGCUUAGUUUGGCUCCUCAGUAAUCACACUCUUUUGGCUAUUUCAUUUGCUCUUCUCU